CUGCCUCCAAAGACAGCACCUGUGUCCUAAGUGUUAUUAUGUCUUCUGCCAUCCUAGACAUUGCUGAGCGAUAGUUUUCAAUCUCCUGAUGGUGAAAGAGUGCCUCACAUUAGAACAUUUUCAGUGGCUUAAAAGCAGAGGUUCAUUUAUAGCUUAUAGGUGGGCCGGAAGGAGUGCAGGUGUCCGCAAUUUGUGUUCGCGGUACUUCAGAAUCAAGCUAGCGCCACAGAAGAGGAGCGAGCAUAACGGAAGUAACGUUUUGUUAAGUGGCAGGGAGAGAAAAGCGUGCGUGAUAAAUUCAAUGAGAGAUGGAGGAAGACAGACAGGACGUGAGAGGAAGAAGAGAGGUUGUAUUUAAAGGCUCUUGGUGCGGUGGUAACCCUGAGCUGAAAUAGGGCCUUUGGAAGGUAGAGGCAACGCGCUGCAGCCAGGACCUGUCACAUUACUCUCAGCUCCACAGUGGGACCAGGUCACCUGAAUGCAGUGAAGGAGGGUAGCUGAGUCUGAGUGCAAGUAGACCAAACACAGGGAAACAAGGACACUUGCAGCAGCAACUGAGUCCAGCGUGGGAUUUGGAAGACACUUUUGCCUUGGAGACAAGGUGAUCACAGCUGUGUGCCACUUUGUGGUUAAAAGAACUCCAGAUCUUUUGUAAGACGUGGGACUCUUUUGAUAAAGAGAAGUCGCAAUGGACUAUGACUACCCAGAAUUGGAUCCACUGCCAUCCAAAAUUGAACCAGAAGUAAUCCCUCCCUGUGACCCUACUGCUGACGACAGGCUCUAUCAUAUAUGCAUCACUGUGAUAUCUCUUGUUGUCAUGCUGAUUCUGGCAGUGUUGGCAAGGCGCAUGAAGGUCGGCGACAGACAGAAAGGACUCCCAGGUUUACUCAGUCCGGUGAACUUCCUGGACCAUACGCAGCACAAGGGCUUGGCAGUGGCUGUGUUUGGAGUGCUCUUGUGCAAACUGUGGGGCCUGCUCAUAUCGCCAAACCCUCUCCCCUUCACAACAGACACCGCUAACAAACAGAACUGGGUGAUUCUGGGAGUCUUCUUUUACCCCGCACUAUACUACCCUCUCCUGGCAUGUGGCACUUUACAUAAUAAAGUUGGCUAUGUACUCGGUAGCCUCUUGUCUUGGACACACUUUGGUGUUCUGGUCUGGCAGAUAAUUGACUGCCCAAAAACACCAGUGAUACACAAACACUACUCUCUUUUCUCCAGCCUGCCCCAGAUUGCUUGCUUGGCAUUCCUUAGCUUUCAGUAUCCCCUUCUUCUGUUCAAGGGCUUAAAGGGCACUGAAAAGAACAAUGCUACAGAGGAUCUGAGCAGCAGCUACUAUAGAGACUAUGUCAAGAAAAUGCUCAAUAAGAAAACGUCGACCAAAAUCAGCACGUCGAGCACAGACAAGCCCAAACUCCCCCAAAGAAUAGCCGAUGCUGUGAAAUCUUACAUUUAUACACCAGAGGAUGCUUUCCGUUUUCCGCUGAAGCUGGCUAUAUCUGGUGUUGUGUCUUUCAUAACCCUGUAUCAGAUGGGUCUUCUGCUGAUCUCAGCAGUCGUGCCGUCUCUCCAGACUGCUCGUUUGGGAGUCAAUGAAGAUGUUGCAAACCUUUUAGCUGGUUUCAGAAUCAUGCUGUCUCCAGACAAACAUGAAGUGGUUCGGAUAGUGGUUUAUUACAUGUGGUGUGUAGAGGUGUGUUACAUUUCAGCAAUGACCCUGUCUGGAUUGGUCAACCUGGCUAUGCUCAUGCGAUCUAUGGUUCUGCAUCGGUCCAAUCUGAAAGGGCUGUACAGAGGCGAUAGCUAUAAUGUUUACAACUGCCAGAGAAAUAUCAGAGCUUCCCGGCCUGCACUCGUCUGCUGGAUGGGAUACACCAGCUUCACAGCAGCUCACAUCUGCAUUGGCAUGAUCAUCCAGACCAUAGUGUUCUUCCUCUGCCUUCUGAUUGCAGUCUUCCUUGUUAUCAUACCUGUCCUCCACAGACAGAAUCUGAUUCUCUUUCAGGUCCUGUGGAGCAUGUGGCCUUUCUGGCUCAUGCUUCUCCUGGUUGUGUUGAUUCAACACGUCACCGCCAGGUUUUGCUUCAUCAAAAAGACAGGAGGCACACGAGAUCUGGACAACAGGGGUAAUCUGUUCCUGCUGACAUACCUGAUGUUUCCUGUUAACGUUUUGAUCGGGGCGAUACUGGGAAUCUGGCGCAUGAUCAUCACAGCCCUGUUCAACAUUGUCCACAUGGGACGUAUGGAUAUCAGUCUUCUUAACCGCAAUGUGGAGGCUUUUGACCCAGCCUACCGCUGCUAUGCUCAUUAUCUGAAGAUCGAGGUGAGCCAGUCUCACCCUGUGAUGAAGGCCUUCUGUGGGAUGCUGCUGCAGUCUGUGGGCCAGGACACCAAAGCUGAACAGAGGUCACGAGAUGCUGAAGAAGGGAUCCAGCUCGUCCAGCAGGAUAAGAAGCAGAAUAAAGUGUCCAUUGCCAAGAGAGCCCGCAGGCACUGGCAGCUCCUCUACACCCUGGUCAACAACCCCUCCCUUGUGGGCACCAGGAAGCACUUCCAGCGUCAGACCACAGACAGCUUUCUGAAUGGAAGCCUGAACCGCAGCACCAGGGAGGAGAGCAAAAAGGAGGCUACGACCAAGGAGGCAGAAGCCGCUGCCAGCAACUAAUCAAAAAUGCGAUACUGAUUAUGUACUGGCUGCAGAGUCUCGUCCGGUUUGGGUCUGCAUUUGUACUAUUUGUCUGCAUUUGGUGAAAUACAUGCAUUAUAGCUCAGUGCCUAGUGUAAAGAUAUUCACCAAGUCUUUCCUAAACGUCUGGAGAUUCGGAGUCCCUCCUGUGCUUUUCAUGUUCUCCUGUCUGUGAGGACCUCAGUCUCCAGUCUGAUGGGAAUGCUUGUGUGGCACUGAUCACCUAGUAAACACACUUAAAAAAAAUAAUUUUCUAAACAUGUAUGUGCUUAUUUUGGGAUAGAACUCAUUUGCACUAAUAGUCUUUAAUCAUGUAUUAUUUUCAGCAUUCAAUGCAGAUAAUGUAAGAUGAUGGUCAUCCAACUAAAAACAUGGAUGCAGAAGCCAAUGAAUCAUCUCUUUGAAUGGGAGUUCAUAUAUAGAGUGACAGAGAAGGGCAGAAAGACAGAACAUCGGACUAUUUAUGAAUAUAAAUAAUGAACCAUUGUCAUACUGUGGCCAAUAAAUUCUCUUUUCCCCCCAUCUUUAGGCUACACGCAUUGUGUGACUGAUAUUAACCUGUGGAAUAAACUGUAUAUUUAUUCUGUUUUAAUUUGUAGACUUUUAAGUCAAAAACAUCUUACUGUUUCCAGUAUUUCUAGUUCUUGUCAAAUAAACAUCUUCUUGUUUCAAAUGUUUCGUGAUAUUUCACCAUUUGUCUGCGCAUUUAAACUUUUAAAUGAAAAUAUACACAUCCGAUUGUUUUUCCCUGAUAACUGUGAAAAUAAAACGAAAAAUACAGUUUUCUCCUGUUUUUUUGGGGUUUUUUUAAUCACUGAUGGGAAAUUUUGUUAAGCUAUUGCUCAACUAAUAUAUGCAUGAGUGCACUUGCAACGGGAAAGGGGCUUUUGAAAAGGAAACUGACCCUCAAACUAACCGGAAGCCGAACAGCUGCGGUAGCAGAAAUAAGACCACCGGUCUCAGCAUGUCUUCAUGGGAAUUUCCAUAGAUGUAAGUGCUCGUAAAACUCAGGAUGAACCCUGUAUACUAUAAAUGAAGCCUAGACACUGUAGGCUUUAGUCCUCCUCUGUACAUUGCUGUACUCUGUAGGAGUCCUUGCUGCAAGUAAAAUUGUUGAAACGUAAUUCUAAGACUCUGGUAACUGCUUAAGUGUUUUGAUAAACAUUCUCCUAUUAUCAUUUCACAUUUUUAUAUAAGAUAUUAAUUUAAAUCCACUUGCGUAGUGUGAUAAUUUUCUGCCGAAAGAAGAGACCUGAACUGAACCAUAAGCGAGAAAUAUAGACAAAGGGAGGCUUUGUGACUGAUCGGAGCUCCAAAACGCAGCAGUGUUCAGGCUUCUCUGUUUUUAAUCCCCUCUUUUUUAAAGAAAAGAAAAAAAGCCAUGCCAUAAUAAUCACUUUCCAAAAAAGGAAGGAGAAUAUCUUACAUUUUUAAAGAAAAAAUGAUUAUUUUUCGUAAUCGAAAUAAUCAUUUGGAACAUAAUUAUUCGAAAUGAUAUGGGGAUUC